AUGCAAUAUAUAGAUACUAUUAAAGAAGUACCUUUAAAACUUGCAAAAGAAACAUUGACACUUGCAUCAACUAGAUUACAUAAUAAUGUCACAUUGGCUCAAGGUGUAAAGGUUGGUUUAUUAUCUACUGCUGUUUCAUUCUCUCUCUAUUAUUUAAAAACCAUUCAAGUUGGACCAAGUCAAGUAAUUGUAGAUCAAAUUCAACAUGCUAUCGAUGAACUUCAUCAAAAGGUUACUGUAGAGGGAGAGAUUGAUCUCUCUGGUGCAAAGAUACAAGAGGUACUCCAAGUGAUUUACAAUAAUCAAUUCAUCACCAAAGACAUCUCUACAAGUGCCAAUGUAUUAAAGUUGUUGGAAAUUAUGAGUGUUACCGCUGCUGCCAUUAGAUCAACCUAUGAAACACAAAACAUCAAACAUGCUUCAAAAGAGGAUAUCAAAACACUAUUUGACCAUCUUCAAAAUGAAAAUACAAUUAGUAUUUCCAUUCAAAUCAUGUCUCAAUUACUUUUAAAUAUGAAAAAAGAGGAUAUACCAAUUCAUAGAAUAGUAUCAUUCUGUAAGAGUCAAUUUACACCAUUAGUAUGUUCAGAGAUGAUAUGUUUAUCAUUGGCAAUCCUUGUAAUCAAUCGUAGAGAUUGUUAUCAAAUAUUGAUCGAUAGUGGUAUCAUUGUCGUAUUUGAAUUCCUCAUCACCAAACAUCUCAAAAAUAAUAUUCCUUCCAUUAAAUACGCAAUGCUUCAAUUGAUUGCUGCCAAUGGACCAGUCAGCAAGAACCAACAAACCCUCCCACAAAUAAUUAUCGACAAGUACAUUACACAAGCUCGUCUACGUUAUUAUUUGCCAUACGCAUUGCAACAUCAAAAACUACCAGUCGUUUCAACUUUUAUACAAAUGGCUGCUUUUGGAAUGUACACCAAGAGACCACUUACAGAAAGUAUUGGUUUCCCCAUUCUAUUGGUUGGAGGUAUGUCGAUAUUUGGAACGAUCAUCAGUAGCGUCAAGUCACUCACUGGUUCAGCAGCAGUUGAAUCACUUGGUAGUGCAAUCUUUAUGACUGGUGGAUACAUUCUUGUAAAAUGUACCUCUGUUAAAUUUGCAUCUGCCUUUGUUGGUGCCUCAAUGGUAUCACUCAUGUUGACAAGAACCAGAGAAUCAUCUGGUCACAAAAAUAUCAAACCAUACAUUUAUCCAGAAGAAAUCAUCGAACAUGAAAAGAAAAAGGAAAUUAAAAAAAGAGUAAAGAAAGAAUUAAAAGAUUUUGAACAACAAGGUGAAACUCAAUUAUAA